AUGUCUGAUACAUCGGGAAGAAAAAUUCUUGUACUUGGAAGUCGUUGGAGUGGGAAAAGUUUUAUAAUAAAACGUUUAGAAGAUAUUUGUUCAUUACCAAAAACAGCGGCCGAUGAAUUCGUUUAUACAACACCAACGAUUGGAAAAACAUUAACUAUGAUGAAAUAUAAGCGUAGUCAAGCACUUGAAUUGCAUGAAAUUGGUGCACAACUAGGCUGUUUAUGGAAGCAAUUUUAUACGAGUACUCAUUUCGAUAAAAUUAUGUAUGUUAUUGAUUCAACCCAACCAUGGUCUAUUUCAUCGACACUCGAACAAUUAAAAGAAAUAUAUGAACAAAUAACAAUCAAACCAAAAAAUGUUCUCUUAGUUUUCAAUAAAACAAAUGAAAUGAAUUCAUUGAGUAGAAUAGCUUUAAACGAAUUACUAGAUUUAGAUUCGAUUUGGAAUGGAGAAGUUGAAAUAAUAGAAGCCAAUGCCCGAACGGGUACAAAUUUAACAGCGAUACUCGAAUGGUUAACACGAUGA